AUGACUACUCCCGAGCCGUCCGACAGCUUUGAACCCAUACCCUACGACCCCGUAAAUCCCAAGCGGCGAUUGACGUCUUCAGAACAUUCAUCACACCGCUUACAGCCUUACACUCGCACUAGCAGCACGAGUGCCGUCGUGCGGAAUAACUCACCUUCAAUUGGAUCUGAAAGUUUUGUCUCAGAUAACUGCGGAGGCCAGAAAGAGGUGAAAAAAUUGGCCCUAAAGGAUCUGCCCCAGGGUGAACAUCCGGCCGUCAAAUGGGCAUGGAAGCGCUUGGUGAUGGAUCUGUUAACGACAGUUGUUUGGCCGCAAAACAAAACGGACGAAUGCAGGGACGCCUACCUCAAUGAAGUUCUGAAUCAAGCCAAUUCGAUGUUUGGGACUAAUGUAGCAUUGACAAAGGAACUUGGCAUCCUGCUGACCAACCCUGUUUCGCAGUUUCGCAAUAGUCUUGCGGAGAUCGCAGAGAAGUUGGUGCGAGAGUUCGAAAUCAAACCCAAGGACACCACAUUGAGCGAUGAGGCCCACAAGACCUACAUGCAAAAUCAUAGGCUCAUGCUCCUCGAUUCAUCCGAGGCCAACCGAUGGCAAUAUUUUUUACAUGGUGAGAGGGUCGAUGGACAGAAUGUCACCCUGCUCGUGUUUUCGAAUCCAAUCGUGGAGAAGAUCCAUAUCAACCAUCUAUACAGCAGUCCUUACACGCCACUGCGCGAGCAGGCGUUCCUGAAGGAGAUCACUACGACGACACUUCAUAUGUUCUCACACGUUGCGGCCGGGGUGGAGUACGGAAUCGACAAGAUAGUAGAAGAUGUUAUCCCGAGCUCUACUAAGAAGACUUGGCGAUUCCACGGCCUACUACAUGGAAUCCGUAACGCGUGCAUUGUCACUCCCGAUUCACAAGGAGGCUUUACUGGCGCGGUUUUUAAAUCUUCAUCACAGAGGACUCCAUACCUUGAGAACCAAGUUGGGUUUAGCCCUAGUACCAGCCAGCCGUUCCUGCAAUCAUUGUCUGCAGUGCUGCCGGUGCCUGCCCAAGAGGAGCCGUAUUCAUACAUAAGUGACCUCACAGCAGAUUCCCAGUUCGGCCUCUACUACUGCGCGCCACCCGAUGAAGAUGAAGGUCCCCAAGAUCCGUUGAACCAAGGAUAUUCAUUUUACUGA